CGCAGGGUACUUAAACAAAGAAUAGGGUCGUCUGGAUGGAUCUGGAUGGAUCGGAAUACAUUUUUAUGAAUUUGUUUUGCAGUUGAUGUGCGUCCAUCUGGUCAUAUUACUCGAGUCAUUAGUUCUCAUAGGCAACACCCUCCUGGCCCCCCCUUAUUUCUCCCACCUUACUCUUUUCUUACACGGCAAGCCAAAGCCUCCUUUCAAUCUCGCCGGUCAAUAUAUGACACGGCAGAGUGCCGCAUCGGAAUACGCCAUUAUGCAAGCCGUUUGCAGAAAUGACAUAACCUGCUUUUUUAUGUGGAUAUUACACAUUCCGAUUCAUGAUCCGGCGUUACAUUGGCGAUAUCCAUACCUACCUCUACCUAGAGGUGCCUAUGCGGUUAGUUCGGCGAAGGAACGCACCUAGGUAGUAGGUAGACUAUGCUGAAUAAAGUCCAUAAGGCAGGCUGCAUACUGCAUACUGCGUAAUUCCUCAACUUCUAGGGCCUCCAGCCAAUG